UGUAACAGCCGAAGGGAAAGGGUGUCUCGGUAUGUUUUAGACAUGCGGAAGUGUGUGCAAGCUAUGACGCGUUGUUAAAUGACAGGCGGUACAGUGCGUCUAUAUCUGCGCUAAUAAUAUAAAUGAUGCCUCCAAAAGACCCGCUGCUCGGGACCCUCAAAGUAUGCAUCCUGAACCUGCAGACAGAAGAGGGGACAGUGACAGAUGUCAACCCUCACCUCUCCUCCUGCUGUGAACUACUGGAGCUCACCCUCAGGAAGGGCCUUCAACAGCCAGUCCUUGGUCUAGUACACAGGGACUACUGGCAAUGUUUCGAGCAACUCCUCCAACACGACAACUGCGGCAGACUGAGUGCUGUGUCGCUUGCGGUUGAACAGACCUUAGCCUGCAGGAAGCUGUUGUCAGCUCAGGGACGAGGACGCUACCUCCUUAGGCUAGCCCUCAGACGGAGGGUUCUAGAAGGAGUCAUCAAACACCUGUUACACACACCCAAAGUACUAGAGUGGUACAACCCAGCUAUUUCACUUCUUAGGAAUGAGGAAUUUGUGGAGCCUUUCAUGUCCCUGCUCAUGGUCCUCUCAGAAAUGGAAUUCAAACUGGACAUGGAGAACUGCAGUUUUCUGGAUGAGAGCUGGCUUCUACCGGUGUGUGAUAUGUAUGAGGCAGUACCCUGUCGUGAGCUGGGGAUGGUGCUCAGGUAUCUCAGUGGCCGUGUCUUUGUCCUGAAACUGUUGCCAGGUAGCCAGGCUCAGGUGGACCAGUGUGUACAUCCAGGUGACAUCAUUGAUGAGAUCAACGGAGUCUCCUUACGGAAUGCCUGCAAUGGACAGGCAGGUGUGGUCCUCUCCGGGCUUAAGGGGCAUCCCCUGUCCCUGCGUGUGUUACGGUGGUGUGUGCAGGACGGGGGUGUAUAUCGCCCCAUCAUCAAACUCCUAAGAGCUCUCAGAGAAGAGAACCCUGCCCUGCAGCUAGGUCCCUCCCCUUCCUCCCAGGAACCCACCAAUCAGGGCCAGAGGCCCACACCCUCUCAGUGCCUCAAAGAGGGAAGAAUUGUGUACAUUGUGCAGUUCUUGGGAAAGACAAACAUUGGAAUGUAUGGAGGCAAGGAGGUGCUUCAAAAUGGAAUCCCCCUGGUCAUACAGCAAAACCAGCCCAGCAUGGAAGUACUUUUAGACCUUAAGGAAACCCACUUGAUCUGCACUGAGAAAUCCAAUAUGACAGAGAUAUUCCAGCAUCAUUAUCCAGAGAUCUCAUGUGUAGGGCGGUUUGGCCAGCCAGACUAUACCAUCUUUGCCUUCUGCGUAGUAGAAUCCCCAGAAACUCCUCAGUCAACAGGAUUCUGCUGUGUGGUGCUUAGAGCCAGUGCGGUCAAAGAAUGUGAGGAGAUAGUCAACCGAAUCGCUAUUGGUUUCAAGCACACGGAGUGGUUCGUAUGAAAAGGAAUCCCUUGACAACUGGAUAAGUGCUAAACAUCAAAAUGUUGUGGUAAUUGAAUAAACAAUUUGAAAAAG